UCCGCCGGUUGAAACAGUGUGUGACCCUGCUGUGUGGGAAGCGGCUUCUUGUUGCCACGUCGGAAGAACCGGGUUUAUUCGUUCAGAAGAAUCUAAAACAAUAUUGUGGAUAGUGUUCUGCUUCAGCUGCAGUCAUGGUUUCUGUUAUCAACACAGUGGACACCUCUCAUGAGGACAUGAUCCACGAUGCCCAGAUGGAUUACUACGGGACUCGCCUCGCCACCUGCUCCUCUGACCGCACCGUGAAGAUCUUCGACGUCAGAAACGGAGGACAGAUCCUGGUCGCUGACCUCAGAGGCCACGAGGGUCCGGUGUGGCAGGUGGCCUGGGCUCACCCGAUGUUCGGCAACAUCCUGGCUUCCUGUUCCUACGACCGUAAAGUCAUCAUCUGGAAGGAGGAGAAUGGGAGCUGGGACAAGAUGCACGAGUACUGCGGACACGAGUCAUCAGUGAACUCUGUGUGCUGGGGUCCCUACGACUUCGGUCUGAUUCUGGCCUGUGGCAGCUCGGAUGGAGCCAUUUCUCUCCUCACGUUCACCGGGGAUCAGCAGUGGGACGUCAAGAAGAUCAGCAACGCACACACUAUCGGCUGUAACGCAGUGAGUUGGGCUCCUGCUGUGGUUCCCGGCAGUCUGAUCGAUCAGCCGUCGGGACAGAAACCAAACUACGUCAAGCGCUUCGUCUCCGGGGGCUGCGACAACCUCGUCAAACUCUGGAAAGAGGAGGACGGGCAGUGGAAGGAGGACCAGAAGCUGGAGGCUCACAGUGAUUGGGUGAGAGACGUCGGCUGGGCUCCUUCCAUCGGUCUGCCCACCAGCACCAUCGCCAGCUGCUCACAGGACGGACGGGUGUUCAUCUGGACGUGUGACGACCCGGCUGGAAACACCUGGACGGCAAAACUGCUCCACAAGUUUAACGACGUGGUUUGGCACGUCAGCUGGUCCAUCACCGGAAACAUCCUGGCUGUGUCAGGAGGAGACAACAAGGUGACGCUGUGGAAGGAGUCGAUGGACGGGCAGUGGGCCUGCAUCAGUGACGUCAGCAAAGGACAGGGAGCCGUCUCCACCAUCACAGACUCACAGCAGAGCGAGCAGUGACACACACACACACACACACACACACACAUUUAUAACAUGACCCCCGGCUGUACAAGGAUGACCCGAUCUUCAGAGAUGAAUUAAGUAAUUAUCAGGCCGGACACCUCAGAACCGGUGCACCCUGAUUGAGCUUCUUUUGUAAUGUUUUUGCUUGAUGAUAACUUUUGUCCGGGAUAAAUGUUCCUAUGGUGUUUCAGAGGCGGAGGAAACGUUCAAUGAAUGAUAGCGAAUCUCUGCUCAUGCACACCUGGCUCAUAAUCACAGUAACAUGCACUCCAGUGAGUUCCAACAUGUACAUUAGCGCUGGUCCAGUUUUAAAUCCAUCCCAUGAUGCUUUUUCCCACCUGAAAACAUUCCUCCUGCCCCAGCGGAGAACAGCCUCCACCUGCAACAUUUUAUUUAAUGCAUUUGUUUCAAACGUAGCUUCCCUGAUCCCCCUCAUGUCCUCAGAGUGAGAACAAUCUGACUACACCUCAUCCAGUGCAUUUAUGAUUCAUUGAUGAUUCUUUCUCACUCAAUAACAGAAGCUCAAUAACAGCACAGAUGUUUGUGAAUUCAGAACAUGCCUUAUGUUUGGGCACCCUGAACGAGUCAGUACGCUGCCAACACAAUCCUGAUUUAAGCACCGACGGUUGUGUUUUCUUCCAGUUGUGAGAUCAGAAACCCCUGGGUGUGUUUUUCAUAUUUGAUGAAAUUAAAAACUAUAAUGUCAAAAACGA